GCAGCCCCUCCCCCGGCAGGCCCGGCCCGGGUUGCCAUGACAAGCAUUUUCUCCCGCUAGCUCUGCAGCCGCCGCCGCCCUCCUUAUGGCCGCCCGCGGGGGCUCCGCCGACAGUCGGGACGGGGCGCCGCGCCGCUCCAGUUGCUGUGGUAUCCAGGGAGCCCUCCUCCUCCAGCAGGAGAUGCACGACGGCCGUUGCUAAGGUUGCCUCCGCGGUAACAUGCACAUCCUGUUUACACCUUCCUCCAGAGGACUUGGGCUUGGUUAGAGGUACCACUGCACCCAGCUCACCCCAACAGACAGGGACAUCUGUGGGGCCACCCCCAUCUCCCUUCAAAAGCAAACCUUUCUGGCUGUGUCCUCGGUGAGAUGACAAACAACGUGGCUGACCAUCACCCUGGGAACUCAGUUGCUGAAGGCAACCAUGAGGGGGACUUUGGUUGCUCCAUGGUGGAGCUCAGGAAUCUCAUGGAACUGCGGAGCGCUGAGGCAGUCGCCCGGAUCAGCGACUCCUAUGGCAGCGUGCAGACUGUCUGCAAGAGGCUGAAGACGUCGCCGGUUGAGGGUCUGUCUGGGAACCCAACUGACCUGGAGAAGAGGAGGCAGGUGUUCGGCCAGAACUUCAUUCCUCCCAAGAAAGCCAAGACGUUCCUGCAGUUAGUGUGGGAGGCACUCCAGGACGUCACCCUGAUCAUCUUGGAAAUAGCAGCCAUAAUCUCUCUGGGGCUGUCGUUCUACCAUCCCCCAGGUGGCGACAAUGAACUGUGUGGGCAAUCAUCAGGUGGCGUGGAGGAUGAGGGCGAGGCGCAGGCUGGCUGGAUCGAGGGGGCAGCCAUCCUGUUUUCAGUCAUUAUUGUGGUGCUGGUGACCGCCUUCAACGACUGGAGCAAAGAAAAGCAGUUCCGUGGCCUCCAGAGCCGCAUCGAGCAAGAGCAGAAGUUCACAGUGAUCCGCAAAGGGCAGGUGAUUCAGAUCCCUGUGGCAGAGAUCGUGGUGGGAGACAUCGCACAGAUCAAGUAUGGUGACCUCUUGCCAGCAGAUGGCAUCCUGAUCCAAGGCAAUGACCUGAAAAUAGAUGAGAGCUCACUGACGGGAGAGUCUGACCAAGUCAGAAAAUCACUUGAAAAAGACCCCAUGCUGCUGUCAGGUACCCAUGUGAUGGAGGGCUCUGGGCGGAUGGUGGUUACUGCAGUGGGAAUCAAUUCCCAGACUGGAAUCAUCUUCACUCUGUUGGGUGCAGGAGAAGGAGAUGAGGAAAAGAAGGUGAAGAAAGGUAAAAAAACCGGAGCCCCUGAAAAUCGCAACAAAGCUAAAACUCAGGAUGGUGUGGCCUUAGAGAUCCAACCCUUGAAGAGCCAGGAAGGGGUGGAAAAUGAGGAGAAGGAGAAGAAGAAAGUGAAGGUGCCCAAGAAGGAGAAGUCUGUGCUCCAAGGGAAGCUGACGCGCCUUGCAGUCCAGAUUGGGAAGGCAGGGUUGAUUAUGUCAGCCAUCACGGUGAUCAUCUUGGUGCUGUACUUUGUCAUCGACACCUUUGGGGUACAGCGUCGGCCCUGGCUGGCAGAAUGCACCCCCAUCUACAUCCAGUACUUUGUCAAGUUCUUCAUCAUCGGUGUCACCGUGCUGGUAGUGGCUGUGCCUGAAGGGCUCCCACUGGCAGUCACCAUCUCCCUGGCCUACUCAGUGAAGAAAAUGAUGAAGGACAACAACCUUGUGAGGCACUUGGAUGCUUGUGAGACCAUGGGUAAUGCCACUGCCAUCUGCUCAGACAAGACCGGCACGCUCACAAUGAACCGAAUGACUGUGGUGCAGGCCUACGUGGGGGACACCCACUAUCGCCAGAUUCCUGACCCUGAAGCCAUCUUGCCCAAGGUCCUGGACCUCAUUGUCAAUGGUGUUGCCAUCAACUCUGCCUACACAUCCAAGAUCCUGCCACCAGAGAAGGAAGGGGGGCUACCCCGGCAAGUGGGGAACAAGACAGAGUGUGCCUUGCUGGGCUUUGUGCUGGACCUGAAGCAGGAUUAUCAGGCUGUGCGGAAUGAGGUGCCAGAGGAGAAGCUGUACAAAGUCUAUACCUUCAACUCUGUGCGCAAGUCCAUGAGCACAGUACUCAAGAACAGUGACAACAGCUUCCGCAUGUACAGCAAGGGAGCCUCUGAGAUCAUCCUCCGCAAGUGCACCAAGAUUCUGGACAAGAAUGGUGACCCCCGGAUGUUCAAAGUGAAGGAUCGAGAUGAGAUGGUGAAGAAGGUGAUUGAGCCUAUGGCUUGCCAUGGGCUGCGGACCAUCUGCCUGGCCUUCCGUGACUUCCCUGCUGACACUGAGCCUGACUGGGACAGUGAGAAUGAGAUCCUGUCUGACCUGACGUGCAUUGCUGUGGUGGGGAUAGAGGACCCUGUGCGGCCAGAGGUGCCAGAUGCCAUCCUGAAGUGCCAGCGUGCAGGCAUCACUGUCCGCAUGGUGACUGGGGACAACAUCAACACUGCCCGUGCCAUUGCCACCAAGUGUGGCAUCCUGCUGCCUGGAGAGGACUUCCUAUGCCUGGAGGGGAAGGAGUUCAACCGGCUCAUCCGCAAUGAGAAGGGCGAGGUGGAACAGGAACAGCUGGACAAGGUCUGGCCCAAGCUGCGUGUGCUGGCCCGCUCAUCCCCAACAGAUAAGCACACGCUAGUCAAAGGCAUUAUUGACAGCACUGUUGGUGACCAGCGGCAGGUGGUGGCUGUCACCGGAGAUGGAACCAAUGAUGGUCCCGCUCUGAAGAAAGCUGAUGUUGGAUUUGCUAUGGGCAUUGCAGGCACCGAUGUUGCAAAGGAGGCUUCAGAUAUCAUCCUGACGGAUGACAACUUCACCAGCAUUGUCAAGGCGGUGAUGUGGGGUCGCAAUGUGUAUGACAGCAUCUCCAAGUUCCUACAGUUCCAGUUGACUGUUAACGUGGUGGCUGUCAUCGUGGCUUUCACAGGCGCCUGCAUCACACAGGAUUCUCCCCUGAAAGCUGUGCAGAUGCUGUGGGUGAACCUGAUCAUGGACACAUUUGCCUCCUUAGCACUGGCCACAGAGCCUCCAUCUGAAUCCCUGCUGCUCCGCAAGCCAUAUGGCCGCAACAAGCCACUCAUCUCCCGCACCAUGAUGAAGAACAUCCUGGGACACGCUGUGUACCAGCUGACUAUCAUUUUCACACUACUUUUUGCGGGGGAGAAGCUGUUUGACAUUGACAGUGGUCGGAACGCCCCAUUGCAUUCCCCACCCACUGAGCACUACACCAUCGUCUUCAACACCUUUGUCAUGAUGCAGUUAUUCAAUGAGAUCAAUGCACGCAAGAUUCACGGGGAGAGGAAUGUCUUUGAGGCCAUCUACCGCAACCCCAUCUUCUGCACAGUGGUGCUGGGGACGUUUGCAGCCCAGAUCAUCAUUGUGGAGUUUGGUGGGAAGCCAUUCAGCUGCUCUGGGCUCACGCUGAGCCAGUGGUUCUGGUGUAUAUUUAUUGGAGUGGGAGAACUCCUCUGGGGCCAGCUGAUCUGCACGGUCCCCACCAGCCGCCUGAAGUUCCUGAAGGAAGCUGGGCAUGGCAUCACCAAGGAGGAGAUCCCAGAGGAAGAGCUACCAGAGGAUGUGGAUGAGAUUGACCAUGCUGAGAUGGAGCUGCGGCGUGGGCAGAUCCUAUGGUUCAGGGGUCUCAACAGGAUACAGACGCAGAUGGACGUAGUUUACACAUUCCAGACCGGCGCCUCCUCUUUGCAGGGAGCCCUCAGGAGACAGCCUUCCAUCGUGAGCCAGCACCACGAUGUAAAAAAUGUUUCUAGCCCAACCCAUGUAGCUCUUUCCUCCGUCAAUUCCACUCCCACCACUUCUGCUGUUGCUGCUGCUGCAUCUUCUCCUGCGGGCAAUCAAGGUGGUGAAUGCGUUCCGUAGCUCCUUGUACGAAGGCCUCGAGAAACCUGAGUACAGAAGCUCCAUCCAUAACUUCAUGACUCAUCCGGAGUUCAUCCUGGAGGAAGAUGAGCCUCGAACACCAUUCCUUGACAGCGCUGAAGAUGACCCCGAGACCGAUGGACUCAAAAAGCGAGGUGGGGGCAGCCUGGGUGGAUCUUCAUCCCUCAACAGAAAUAACAACGCAGUGGAUAGUGAUCAAACCGAGGUCAACUUUGUGGAGCCUGAAAGCUUCUUUCACAGCUUGGAGACAUCAGUUUGACCUUAGAACAUUGACCCCCCUCCUCCCUCUCACCACUGCCCUCCUUUGCCCCACGUCCAGUGUGAUGUUGACAUCAGUAACUGAUCACACGCUGCAGUCGCUUUGUGUCAAACUGCUCAUAAGUAUGUCAUUUGGGGUUGGUUGGUUUGGUUUUUUUACUAUGUUCAGCUGUGGGAAGCAGAGUACCGUGAAGCUGAGUAUUAGAAGAGGGGACAUUGUGCAUUUUCACCCCUAAUUUUCAGUGGUACUCACCCAAGUGAAACAGCCAGGUUAUUUCCUCUCUGAGAGUUGGGCUCCAUGUGUCUUCAGGGGGUUUUCACGUUGAAAAAUGCAUGUAUCAAGGAAGCUUGAAUUGUUGUAGUCUUACAUGCACGGUCCCUGCCUGAGGGCUGAGGUGCACUUGUGACUUUCUUUUUCCACUUCGGGUUUUUAAGGUUUUCUUCCAGUGUCGGGGUUUAUUCUUUGCUAUGGGAUUUGUCCCCCAGUUACUUACUUCACAGUGGGAAGUUAGGGGAGUUAGCACUGUAGUGCAAAAAGCUUAAAAAAACAAACAGACAAAAAACAAAAAAACAAAAAACUACCAAAAAAAACCCAUGAAAAAAAAACAAACCAUCAACAAACAAAAACAGUCGGGAGGAAGGUGUUUACUCACAGGUUGCUCGGACAGGGAUGUACACCAGUCUUCCACCUUGAUCAAUGGUACCCAGCCUUUACAGCUCCUCCUUUUGCCUCCUUUUGUGUGCACGCAUUGCUGUGUGUUUCCAAAUCAAUCUCUGGUAGACAAGGAAUGAAGGUGGCUUGGCUUCAGUGUGAGGGCUUGACUUUAUUUUUUUCCUUUUUUUUUUUUUCUUUUCCUCCCUGCCAUGAAGUAAGGUGGAGGUGAAUGGCAGUUCAAGCGUGGUGAAGAAAAAACAAAUGGCAGUGAGAAAUGGGGUGCUUUCUUUUGGAGGAGCUGAAGGAAUGCAUCUCUUUUGCUUGUGAGCACCUGUGCAACAUUUUGGCGAGAGCUCUGGGAACCUUUUGCAGCUCCCGCUAUCAGAAGCAGAGGGACUUUUGCCUGUUUUGGAUUGUCUGUACUCCUUCUGGGCUGAGUAAUUCUCAGCCUCGCAGUGGAAGCGUUGGCUGCCAAGGAACCCAGAGGAUGCUCCAGCUGUACCCACCAGCUCUGCAUCUCACUUCCGAAGUGUGAAUGGAGGAUAAGUGUGGUUGAUGUGCUUGGGGCAGCUCUCAGGUCAUAAGAAGGACAAGUUGGGUUGUGCCCUAAAAGGGAAGGGAUCUCCGUGGCCACGGGGAGGGCCUGUUGGUUUCCACCACACUCCUGCAGCUGAUGCUGGUGUUGGAUUGGUUGGUCAGCUGCAGCUCUUCCAGCAGAAGUGCUGUGAGCUUUGCUUGCUGCUUACUGGAGGUCGUCUCCUCACCCUGUGUCCUGCCUCCCACUGGUCUAUAGUAACUGUUCCUCUGCAGGGCGAGAGCCUUGAGUUGUGGAGCAGAUGUCCCAUGUAUCCUGGCUCUAGCCAUCUUGCCAAGCCAAGAGCGGGCCAGAGCAGGAGGCAGGAUUUUGCUUUGCUUGGGCUUAGUUUCUUUCCCUGCGAGUGCACCUUCGGUUGUUGUCCCCCAGUGCGCAGGGCUGAAAAGGGCUCUGCUGCUUUCUGUCCCUUGUCCCAGUUGGUUUGUGUUGGAAGCAAAGAGAACAUGGCGGUAACUAGCUGUGCUGUCUGCCUGGCCUCUGUCCCUGUAGGUGUCUGAGAGGGCGGGCUGGCUGGUUAGGCUGGCUGGUUUCCUCUUUUCUUUCCUUUAAGAACGCACAGCAGAAUUUCCCGUGCCUUCUCCGAGCACUGCCUGCAGCACUGCCUGCCAUGCGAGGGCCCACUACUUUGCCAAGAAAUAAGUGUUCCUUAAUGACAACAGCAAAAACCACGUGUCUUUGUUUUGUUCCCAGCCCAGCACUGACUCAUUCCUUCCUUGGGGUAGAAGGAGGGAAGGACCCAGGUGCUGAGGUCAGGCCCUGCUGCCCUGCCUGGCGUGGCAAAGGGGGGGGUGAAGGCUGGGCUCAGUACACUGCCAGCAGCAAGGAGAAAUUGCCACCACUGCCCAUCUCUGUUACAAAUUCAGUGUUGAGACACCAGCCCUGCCCGUACAGACAAACCUGUUGCUGUCCUCCCCUUCCUCUGCAGAUGAGAUGAACGCUGUGGGCAGGACAGGGUGCAGCGUGCCAGGCUGUAUAGUAGUGGAGGGGAAGGGGUGCUCAUGGGGUCUGGUUUGGAAUUGAAGGUGACAUUGCUCAAAAGAUCACUUUUUUUCUAUUUUAAAUACUUGCAAAAACAAACAAACAAACAAAAACUUAGAGGCUUACAUAAAUAUUUAUUAUAUGUGUUGGGGGAGGGAGGGUGCUAUUUCUUUUCUAUUUCUUUUUCCUUUUUAUUUUUUAUUUUUUUAAUUAUUGUUACCUCGGACCUAUUUAAAAACAAACAGAAAACCAAAAAAAGACUUAAACCAAUGAAAAACAUCACAAAGCCAACUCUGGAGGCGCUUAAUUCCCUCCCAGAGGCCUGUGACCAGCAGGUUGCCAUAGGGGUCUGGUUGUUUGUUAGUUGAUACUUUAUUGUUCUAGUUUCCAUAUUAGGGGGGGAGGGGGGAAAUGAUUAUAGAUAAAUAUUAUGCAAGAAAAAAAAAAAAGUCUAGUUUUCUUUAGAUCAGAAACUGAUAUUUUUAUGUCAGCCAUAUGUAUUUUGUUUAAAGUAAAAAUAAAAUAAAAAUCUUAUGGUCCUGCAUCUGCAGCGGCUCCUGACUGCAUAAUGGCAAUUCCCAGUGAUGGCGUAUUGCCAUCUGUGCCAGUCAGCCUCCUUUUUUCUGAGCAGCCAUCUUUAUACUAGAUGUUAGCUGGAUGACAAUUUAUAUAUAUAUACAUAUAUAUAUAUAAUUUAUGUUGGUAUGGCUGGUUGCUUAAGGUAAAGCGUUUAUUGUGCAUACAUCUUUCAUGUAAAGUAUUUUUUCCUAUUUAGUUUCAGUGAUAUACUGGCAGCAGAUGACUAUUGGGUUAAGUUAUUGAGGAUAUUAUGAAAACAAACAAAAAAAACCCACAUCUGGUGAGAUGGGCGCUUUGCUGGUGAGGCAUGGACAGCAGCAUGGACUCUGGGGACUCUGCAACAUGCCUUGAAAGAGGGGGAGGUUUUCUUUUAUGCUUUGUUUGAACUGCAAUAUAUGCCAUUGCCGGACAGGAACCGAAGACAUACCCUGUGAUCUGUGUUAACUUGCCUUGGAAUGCUUUGUUAUUAAAACACUCUGAACAUAA